CCGCCUCCGCAGUUGCAGUUGAGUUUCCAGGCAUCGAGCGACGGGAAGAAAAAGCCCCAGAAAGAGGAGGAAGGCUGCCCAAAAGGAGGAAAAGAAGACGGCUUGAAAAAGGAGGACAAGGACGGAGCAGGUCGGAAGAAAAGCGUUUCGGUUGAACGCCUUUGCCUCGCCGGAGCCGAUCGGACGUCGGCCGAGCGACGCGCGCCGAUUCGGGAGUCAUGCCGGGGCCCCUGCGAGCACCGAUGGGGAGUCUGAAAGUGCUGCGCUUCCUGUUGGCAGUGCUGGUGGGUGUUCCGGAGCGCGGCGUGGGUCUGGAGCUGAUUCCACUGGCCUCGCAGGUUCUCCUGCAGCCUCAGUCCAACUUUACUGUGGUGUGUUCCGGCUGGAGCCGGGUGUCGUGGCGCCUGCCGCGGCCGGAGCUGGAAGAGGGCAACGCGGCGGUGGAAACGGAGGGCUCCCGCAGCGUCCUGCGGCUCUUCAACGUCACCUGGAGGAAUUCCGGCAGAUACGCCUGCGAGGAGUCGGCGGCCGAUCAGAUCAGGGAGAUGGACGUCUUCGUACCCGGACGAGGUCCAGACGAGUGGUUUCUGCCAGUGGCUUCCGGCGUGGUGAUGAAGGACGGCGAGGAGGCCACCAUCCCCUGCGCGGUGUCCGACCCGCUUCUCAACGUGAGCCUGUACCGGCGCGGGGAGCAAACGCCGGCAUCGGGACCCACGUACGAGCCGGGCCGCGGCUUCACGGGACGCCUGGACGACGCGGCUUAUGUGUGCGUGGCCUCCGCCGGUUCCGAGGAGACGCGCUCGCGGCUCUACUACGUCUUCAGCGUGGUGGUCGCCAAGGCGAUGGAGGCGGACCUGACGGCGUCCGGCGGCGUGCUGAAGCGGGGACAGCCGCUCCUGGUCAACUGCACCGUCCGACACGUCGACAUGGCCUUCUUCUCCUGGAGGUUCCCGCGGAGCGAGGAAUUUGAGCCUCUGACAGAAUUUCUGCCCGAUCGAAUCCGUUCGUUUGUGAACAUCCCCUCGGCGACGCUGGCAGACUCCGGCGUGUAUGCGUGCGCGGUCCAGGAAAGUCUGCAGGGACGGCGCGUGGAAAAGAACAUCACGGUCACCAUACUGGAUCGCGGUUACGUUUCCGCGCGCGCGACACACGACACCAACGUGUCUUCGCUGGUCGGUCGCACGGUGACGCUGCGGGUGGCGGCGGACGCCCACCCUGCGCCCACGGUGGCGUGGCACAAAGAUAACCGCAGCGUCGUCGUCACCGCGGGAAGCGCCGUCGUGUCCAGCGCGCGCGUGUCGGAUGGCAGAUACGUCAGCACUCUGACCUUGGCGAGGGUCCGCUUGGAGCAAACGGGAAGCUACACGGCCAGGAUCUUCAAUGAAGAUGAGCGGGAGGACGUGCUCUUCUACUUGCAAGUUCAAGCGCCCCCGAGGAUCACGUCGCUGACGGAGAUGAGCACUCGGGCCAUGUUGUGCGUCAGCGAAGGAGCUCCGCCCCCUUCUGUCACCUGGUUCACCUGUCACAGUGCACACGGGUGCGCCAACGGGACAGGCCGCUGGACGAGCCAAACGGGCGCUUGGCUCCCGCCGGAGAACAUCAGCGUCCCGGCAGACGGAGGCCUGACCCAGGUGCGCAGCCUGCUGAUCCCGGACAGUCCGAAGACCUUGACCGCCGUCCGAUGCGAGGCCUCCAACCCCGCGGGACGACGAGCCAGAGACCUCCGGCUGGUGUCCACUUCUCUUUUGUCUCAGGUGGCCAUGUUGGCGCUGGUUCUGCUUCUGGGGCUGGUUGCCGUCAUCUUCCUGGUCAUCCUCGUCAUCCUGUGGAGAAAAAAACCUCGCUACAAAGUCCGGCGGAAGCUGAUGGAGUCCGUCAGCCCCGACGGGCUGGAGUGCGUCUACCUGGACCUGGAGCGGCUGCCCUACAGCGCCGCCUGGGAAAUUCCCAGGGAGGACAUCGAGCUAGGUGAAGACUUGGCUUCGGGAGCCUUCGGACGCGUGGUGGAAGCUCGGGUGUCGGGUCUGCUCCGGGACCGCAAGACCACCAAAGCGGCCGUCAAGAUGCUCAAAUCCAACAGCGGCGCUCGUCGCUCGUUGAUGUCCGAGUUGAAGCUUUUGUGUCACCUGGGCCCUCACGUGAACAUCGUCAACUUGCUCGGAGCGUGCACGUCGGGAGGUCCCGUCUAUGUGGUGACCGAGUUCUGUUGCCACGGAGACCUGGCCGGCUACCUGCGACGCCACAAGCGCGCUUUUGUUCACGCCGACGCGCUCGCCAAGAGGGAGGCGGACGGCGGUUACAUGGACAUGAGCGAGCGGGAGGGCGCAGCCAUCGUCGGCGACACCGACAACGCGGCGUCAGCUCCGGACCGGCAGGCGGCGCCGUCGCCUCUCGUCAGCGACUCGGCGGCGCUGGACCGAAGCGACCUCCACAGCUUCUCCUUCCAGGUGGCCAGCGCCAUGGACUUCCUGUCGUCACGCAAGUGCGUCCACGGAGACCUGGCGGCCCGCAACGUCCUGGUGUGCGAGGAGCGGCUGGUGAAGGUGGGCGACUUUGGCCUGGCUCGAGACCCGCUCAAGGAUCAGGACUACGUGGCCCGAGGACGCGCCUCGUUGCCGCUCAAGUGGAUGGCGCCGGAGAGCAUUUCCCACGGCGCGUACUCCUCCCAGAGCGACGUGUGGUCAUACGGGGUUCUGCUGUGGGAGAUCUUCUCUUUGGGCGAAAGCCCGUAUUCGGACCUGCCCGCGCCGCGCCGAUUCUACGCCGCGCUGAAGAGAGGACACCGCCUGGCGCCGCCACCUCACGCCGACUCCAACAUUCGCGACAUGAUGCGGGCGUGCUGGAGCCAGCUUCCCGCUUCCCGGCCGUCGUUCGCGUCGCUGGCGGCGUCGCUGGACGUCAUGCUGACGGACGAGCGCAGAAAGGCGUACGCCGGACUGACGGAGCGCUUCCUGACGGGCGACCAUCCGGCCGUGGUCCGGUCCCGACUGGCCGCGGCGCCGGGCGACGGCGAUACCCCGGAAAACGCCAGGCUUCGCCGGCCGGAGGCGGGACCUUCUCACGGCGAAUUGGGCCUCGCCGUCGACACGGGCGAGGGCGGCGCGGCGCCGGCCGCCGAAAGAGCCGAGGAGCCGCCGGCCGGCCGGGAAACGACGUCAUCAGCCGGAAGCCAGGCGGAAAGCCGCGUUUGAGAAACAUGUGGGCGCGGCACGGUAAACGCGGCGCCUUUGUGACGGCGGGCGACGCCCCCUCCGUCCUUUCUUGUAUGGCAACUUCUUCUUCUGCUCGGCUUCGAUUCAAAUUAAAAGCAUCAACUGCCA